AUGUCAUCCUCUUUGAUUGUAUUUUUGAUCCUAUCUAUGCUACUAAACACAGGUGCUAGUGUCAACUUCACUGAUGUAUUCCAGUCCAGUUGGGCAGCUGACCAUAUUGCUGUUGUAGGUGACCAAGUUAGUCUCAGCCUUGACAAUACUUCUGGCUGCGGUUUUAAGUCGAAGAUCAAAUAUUUGUUUGGGAAAGCUAGCGCGCAGAUCAAACUAGUUGAGGGAGAUUCAGCUGGAACAGUCAUUGCCUUUUAUAUGUCAUCAGAAGGAGCUAAUCACGACGAACUGGACUUUGAAUUUCUUGGGAAUGUUUCAGGAGAACCAUACCUAGUACAAACAAAUAUUUACUUGAAUGGUACGGGAGAUCGAGAGCUGAGGCAUAAUCUUUGGUUCGAUCCAACUACAGACUUCCACACUUACUCUUUCUUCUGGAAUCAUCAUACUAUCAUCUUUUCAGUUGAUGAGAUUCCAAUUAGAGUGUUUCAAAACAAGGAGAAAAAAGGCGUGCCAUACCCGAAAAAUCAAGGCAUGGGAAUCUAUGGGUCGUUGUGGAAUGCAGAUGAUUGGGCUACACAAGGAGGAAGAGUGAAGACAAACUGGAGCCACUCUCCAUUUGUUACAGCAUUUCGAUCGUUCGAGAUCGAUGCUUGUGAUUUGUCUGGAGAGGACAUAGCUGCUGCAGGUGCAAAAUGUGGUAAGUUGGCACAAUUUUUGUGGGAUAAGCCAGCCAUGAAGGGGCUGGAAAAGAGCAAAAAGCGCCAAUUCAAAAUGGUACAAUCAAAGUACUUGGUGUAUGAUUACUGUAAGGACACAGCAAGAUUCACUCAAAUGCCUAAAGAGUGCUUGCACUAGAGACACCAACCACUAUUCUAGCAAUGUCAAUGUCUCAAUUCGUUCCUGUCUCACGCAAUUUAAG